GGUGGAGCAGCGACUAACUGCGGCUGCUGAAGAGAUAUUUGGGCUGUUUGAAAGAACGAUAGCAGAGUACGAGGAGGAACUUUGUCGUUCAAAAGAGGAGAACGAGCGACAACGGGAGCUACUGGACGCUGUUUUCAACCCUCAGCUUCGGUUACACAGAGCAGCAACAGGUGGAGGGGGGCCGGGAAUUCCCUUCAUCUCUACCGUGGGGGCGCAGCUGACCCACGAGCAGGUGACCUGUGUCUGCAGCAUGGCGCUUCGGGUGGCAGUCCCUCUGUCUCAGACUCCCUCCUAUCGGAGCGAGAUGAUUGUGUGGCUGCGGCCUUGUCGUGGAGGUCAUUUUGACUGGUGUCUUUUAGAGAAACGGAGAGGAGGAGAGGGACCCAAACGUCACCACUGUCAGCACUGUGACAAAUCCUUCACAACAUCUGGAUAUUUAAAGAUUCAUCAGAGAGUACACACUGGAGAGAAUCUACACAACUGUGAUCAAUGUGGGGCAGUUUUCACACAACACAGUGACCUAAAUAGACAUAAACGCAUUCACACUGGAGAGAAGCUGUACAGCUGUGACAAAUGUGGGGCAGCUUUCACACGACAAGGUAGCCUAAAAAUACAUCAACGCAUUCACACUGGAGAGAAGCUGUGAUCAAUGUGGAGCAGCUUUCACACAAAAGAAUACCCUAAAAUUACAUCAACGCAUUCACACUGGAGAGAAGCCAUACAGCUGUGAUCAAUGUGGGGCAGCUUUCACACGACAGAGUAACCUAAAAACACAUCAACGCAUUCACACUGAAGAGAAGCCGUACUGGUGUGAACAAUGUGGAAAAAUGUUUUCUCAGAGUAGUCACCUUGAAAAACACCGUCGUGUUCACACUGGAGAGAAGCCGUGCUGGUGUGAACAAUGUGGGAAAACCUUUUCUCAGAGUGGUAGCCUUAAAAAACACCAGCGCAUUCACACUGCCUCGUGAAUAGGGUUGGGUACUGAGACUUGGUGCUAAUAUGGCACCGGUGCCUUAACGGCCGGUACCUUCCGGACCCAAUAGCAACGGGGAUUUUGGUCCCUCAUUUCGAUGCCACUGAUAUGCAUGUGUUUCUCUCUGAUGCUCCGAAACGACGACCGAAGCAUCGCUACACGUGACGCUAGUUAACACUACACUAACGUUAGCCUACAACAAAAAUUAAAUACAUAUGUUUAAAUGCU